ACUGUUCAUGUGAGGACAAAAGUAACCCUCCUCGAAUCCACUCUUGUCUCUUCUCCAAAUGACUGGCCAAGACACUGCUGCAGGCGGCGCCGCCUACACUCCAGUAUUCCUCCGCGUAAUUUACGACAACUUGAUCCUUGGGCUUUACUGCUCCUAUGUAUGGCGAUGUUCGAGCGCCAAACUCCUGAAGUUUUACGAUGAGACGGUCACAUCUACUGGGAAGCAAGUGAAGGCGUCGAACAUGGGCAGCGAGCCUGUCCGACUCCUGGACAUUGGCGUGGGCACUGGCUACUUCCUCGAACACGCUUCAAUUCCAGCUGGAGCGGAGGUUACCUUGAUAGAUUUGAAUGAGAACUGCCUGGAGACGGCUGCAGCACGCGUCACCAAAUCCCACCCCUCUACCCUGGUUCGCACUGUUCAUGCCGACUUCCUAGACUCGGACAUGGAGAGCAACUCGGCCAUUACUCCCAAGCGGUUGAACGAAGCAAAAUUUGAAGUCAUCUCAUGUUUCCUGCUACUUCACUGCUUACCCGGUCCACCGAGACGAAAGGCCGAAGCCGUGGCGCGGCUCCGCCGCCACCUGAAUACUAAUGGCGUCAUCAUUGGAGCAACUGUUCUGGGAAACGGUGCACAACACAAUCUUCCCGGCAAAGCGAUCAUGUGGUGGCACAAUCGUGUUGGAAUAUUCGACAACCAUCCCGAUGAUGUACAGGGUCUGGUUGGGCCAUUGGAAGAAGUCUUCAAGACUGUGAAAUGGGAGGUGGUUGGGGCUACAUUGUUGUUCGAGGCUAGACAUCCCAAGGUGUGAUUGCAGGGUCAAUCUAUGCAUGUCAACAUGAGACUGGACAUGGGCAUCUCCCUACAACAACCCCUACGUACGCUACAUCGAGUCACUAGAAGACAGAAAAUUUCGACUCCAGCAAUUGGCUGACAUGCUUGCCAUAGUACUAGAGGGUCUUAGGCUACAGUAGCUAUCUAAUGAUACUCCCAAUAUUGAUC